AUGGCGGGCGCAGGCGGCGGCAGGUGCCGCACGCCCGCCGUGCCGCCCCCGCAGCGCCUCACCGCCGCUGCCGCCCGGCGCAUGCGCGGCCGCGGCGCUCGGGCGGGCGAAUUCAAACUGCGGCAGAAAGUUUUCGUUUGUAGGGUUCGCGGCGUCGAUAUUCUCCCCUUUCCCCAGGCGCGGGCGGGCGGGCGGGUGCUGCCUGAGCCCGCUCCGCCAGGCGCGGACCCUCCUCUCCCCUCGCCGUCCCCGCAGGAGGAGCGGCGAGAGGCUUUCGGCGGUGGCUUCGGGGUGCUCGGAGGCGGCGGCGCAGCGGGUGGCGGAGCAGGAGGAAGAGCUGCGGGUCUGGCGGAGCAGCUGAGCCGCUGCCAGGCUGAUAAAGAAUUUGUGUGGUCUCUUUGGAAACAUCUCCUGGUGUCAAAAUCAGAUCUUACUCAAGCUGUCAGCGUGGUUGUGGACAGAGAAAAACAGAAAGCUGACGUCAAGGACAGAAGAAUUUUAGAUAUUUUGCAAGCCAAAGACAGCAAAAUAGAAUCUCUAGAACAGAGGCUCACAGGACAGCAGCAGGAGAUAAACAGAUUAAUGCAGAGAAAAAGUGCUGUGGAUGAGGAAAAUGCCCGUUUGAAGAUUGAAUUCAGUAACUUGAACCAGAAAUUUAAAGAUAAAAGCCAAGAACUUAAGGACACUGAGGAGUGUGCACAGAAGAAGGAAGAGCAAAACAGCCUGGUUAUAAAAAACCUAGAGGAGGAAAAUAAGGGAUUAAAUAUAUGCUGUGCUGACCUGCUAAGUGACCUGGAGAAACUGAGGAAGCAAGACACAUAAUGGAAAGAAGAAAAAUCUGGCAAUAAUGCCAGAAUAGAGAAUUUGGAAACUUAUUUAGCAGAGACAAGAGAACAAAUAAAAAGUUUGCACAGUAUAUGCAGUAACUCGUCAUCUCAGGUAGAUGUGAAACAGGGAGAACUUUUCCAAGAGGAUUGUGAUGUGGUUGGAGCUAAGAAGGAGUUAGAGGAGCUAGAGAAUCUUCACAGACAAAACACUGAAGAUACAACACAGCAGGCUGAGCUGAUAAAGCAGCUAGAGGCUCCCAGUGCUGAUACACAAAAAGUACUGCAAGACCAAGAUGCUCACACAGCUAAAACAACAUAUCAAAAACUAUUGCAAGGAUCCGAAAUUGAGCUUUUACUAAAAAAAUUGAAAAAAGGGGAUCUUAACCCAGCAGAGCAUAAUUUGUACACCACAGAGACUCUGGAAAGCAAUAAUAUAAGGACUGGAAGAAAGCAUGGGGAACCACCUGUGAAACGUUCAAGGUCUCUGUCCCCAAAGAGCUCCUUUAGAGAGGCAGAGGAACUAAAGAAAGUUUGUGAGCUAAGAGCAGCCUAUAGAAAACAUGAAGAGAGGAUGCAGAUGUUACAGACCAACUACAGAGCACUAAAAGAGCAAUUAAAGCAGUGGGAAGAAGGCGAUAGCAGGCUUGAAAAUAAUAAAAGCAGAUACCAGCAUACAAGCUCUUGUCAGCUUUGUCAAGAGGAUCCUGAUGUGAUCAGGAAUGAACUGGCUUUUUUCAAAAGGGAACACAAAAAGCUGUUGAUUGAGAAACUGAAUCUUGAAGAAGAAUUGGAUCAGAUGAAAAUACACCAAUCUAUAAAGCUACUUUCUAAACUUGGGAACAAGGUUAAUACUCCAAAAAGGUAUAUGAGAAAAGUUUCACAUGAGAUAUUGCAUAAGGUACAAAAACUGGAAAGAAGAUUCAAAGCGAUUGAAGGGUAAUUAAAGAAACAGAAAGAAGUAAGUAAAGACUUACUGAAUGAGAAAAAUUAUGAGAAAUAAUAUAAUGAGAAAACUUUAAAAGUGCAAAAGGAAGAUGCAGACACAGAAGAAAAAAAAGAGCUGGAAACACUAUUUAAGAGGAUUUGUGAAGUAAAAAAAGAAAAAGCAGAACUUCAGCAAGUGAUUGAUGAGAAGGAAAAAGAAGCUGCCUCUUUGAAAAGGCAAGUGACAGAACCUAACGGGUUGAGAAAUGAAAGUGAAGAUUUGCUGAGUCAAGUGCAAGAGCAGAAGUGUUUGCCGGAUAAAGCCAAAGCAGUGGCAAUCUCUGGGCAUUGUAAUUGCAAGAUAACAGGCACCAAGGUUAAAUUAAAAACAGCCAAGAAAAAGAGCUCUUUGGGACACCAUGGAGCUUUUCUCAAACAGUCCAUCAAGGUUAUGAGUAAUGUAUUUGAGAACUUCAGUAAGGACGGCUGGGAGGAUGUGAGUGAAAGCAGUGACUCUGAAAUACCAGCUUCUGAAAGUUUGGAAACACUGAUCCACUGCCAGACAGAAGUAAACAAGAAGAAAAAAAGGUGCAGCAAUGUGGUUCAUUUAGCAGUCCAAAAUGAGCAAUAUAAUAAAAAGCAACAUACCAUUUUAUGUUCAGUGAACAGAGCGAAAAGGGGAAAUAUUUCUAUCCAGAAACUGGGCUACUCUGUGACUCUACUACAGGAAAAAAUUAGGUCACUGCAGAGCAGUAGCUGUUUUACAAAUGAAAAAAAGACAGCAGUGGCUUCCAUUAAGAAUGUUAAAGAAAGGAAUGAAAAAUUAACGGGUCAGCUACAUUUGGCUGAUCAGAGACUUCAAGUUAAUAAACUGACCAUAAAGGUGUUGACCUCCAACCUGGCCAAGUGGCAACAGGAGAAGGAGGAGUCACAAGGAAAAUUAAAGUUGAGAGAACAUCUGUCUCAAACUGCUGGCAAGAGUGAAGCCACACCAGCUCCUUCAAAAAACAUUGAUUUAGAGACGAAACAGCUGCAGUGCAAACUAAAGAAUUCGAGUACUGAGAUCACUAAGCAAUCGACCACCAUUGAGUCACUAAGAAAACAAGUCCAGGAAAAAGAAGAAUGGAUUCGGGAGCUACCGGCGAAGAUUUCUCAAUUGGAGAUGAACCUCACUAUGAAAAGGCAUUUAAAAGACUUAAGUUCUUGCCUAAAAGCAAAUCAAGAAAACAAGAAAACUGCAAAUAAAACAUUAUAAAGUCUUGGCAGAAAGGAAUUUCUUUCUUGCUAUUCCUAUCACUGGCUGAAGACAAAAACAGCUUCCAUUGAAUCAGGGAAACAAAGAUUUAAUGUAGCUAUGAAAGAGAAGUCUCAGUAUGAGUAGAUGUAUUGCAAAACUAAAGACGAUUUGGAGAAAAAGGAUCUCAAGCUUACUAAACUAGAGACCAAAAUUAAGACUUAAUGUGCUAUGACUGAAAUUGAAACUGCUGCAACUCAGCAGCUAUGUGGCUUGGCUAAACAGAGUACACGGGCUGUGGAAACUCUACAGAAGGAGCUGCUGCUCACCAGUGACAAAGUAGAAGAGUUCAAGACAUUUGUGAAGACUCUAACCAGAGAGUUACGCCACAGAGUACAAGAGCUGGAAACAAAAAUCAAGUGGAAAAAAAAAAAAAAGAAAAAAAAAAAAGGAGAAAUGAAAGCAUGCAAAAAAGGUCCUUCCCAAGAGAGUGUUCCGUUGGCAGCAUCUAUCCUCAAUGUUUCAACAACAGAUUUUUACGAAAUACGACAAGGAGAUGAUGAGGAAACAGCAAAAAUGAAAUUUCAAAAAGAUAAAGAAUGUCUACAGCAUGUACAGAAAAUUCUUGAAGCACAGUUUCCUUUUGCCUCAUACUUAAUGGAUGCUAUUCUGGAAAAAUUAAAUGAGAAGAAGAAAUGGGUAGAAGAGUACAGUUCUCUCAUGAAGCACAUUGUAUGAUAUUGCUAAGAUUUAUGUUUGCAAAGUGAUAGUAAAAUUGUGUUGUUUCCUCAUGUUUUUCAUCUUCUCCUAAAGAACUGUCAAUAUGCAUGUUCAAUACAUACACAGAA